CAUGAAGGAUAUUUAUCAAGACGACGAACUCAUCAUCCCUCAAGGUGUCAAGGUUGCCAUCAAGGCUCGCGACAUCACUGUCACUGGUCCUCGCGGUACUUUGAACAAGAACUUGCGCCAUUUGAACAUUGAAAUCAAGUUUGCUGGUAAGGACAAGCUCAAAUUUGUUGUGUACCAUGGUGGUCGUAAGCAUGUUGCUUGUAUCCGUACUGUUCGUUCUCUCGUCAACAAUAUGAUUAUUGGUGUGACCAAGGGUUUCCAAUACAAGAUGCGAUACGUUUAUGCGCAUUUUCCCAUCAACUGUAUUAUUAACAACGAUGGUAAGGACGUCGAAAUCCGUAACUUCUUGGGUCAAAAGGUCGUAUUCCGUGUCAAGAUGCGUGAAGGUGUUACUGUUGCUGCCUCAGCCAACCAAAAGGAUGAAUUGACUUUGACUGGUAACGAUUUGGAAGCUGUCUCUCAAUGUGCUGCUGAUAUUCAACAAUCUUGUUUGGUCAAGAAGAAGGAUAUUCGUAAAUUCUUGGAUGGUAUCUAUGUCUCUGAACGCAAUGUUCUUGAAGCUGAUGCUUAAAUGGACUCAAAAAUAAAACAAUAUGUAUUUUGACUUUA